AAAAAAGUGAAGUCCGUUUAAUAAUGGGAUUACGACAUCAUUUUGUUGAAGCUUGAUGAGUACCUGCGAACAAUGGAAGGGUUCCUGCACCACAUGGCGCCGCAGUUCCUGCACCCCGCGCUGCAGAGCUUCGGCUGCGGCGCCUUCCGGCCCAUCGGGGGCGCCUUCCACCCCCUGUACCCGGGAAAAGCCUUCGCAAGGCACCUGGGGGAACAGUACGCUCUAGGACAAUCCGUCGGGCAAGCUCUCAGGAGCGUCCGGGACGACAGUAGCACGCCGCCACUGUACCGGCACUACCCGCGCGACGACACUAGCUCCCCGGGCUCCGCCGCCUCGGCGUCGCCGCGGCCCUGCAAGGACGAUGAGCCGCCCGCCACCGCGCCCUGCACUGACUCGCAUGAUUUCUUCUCCCCUGAUGGCGAGCGCAAGUCAGCAUGUGGCGUGUGCGGCGCGCGGCUCGGGCCGGGCGUGGCGCAAGCACACUUUCUGCAGGAGCUGCAACACCUGUACAGCCUGAGCGCGUUGCCACGCGACGCCGCGCCGCCCGCGCACUCGCUGCAUCACCAGGAUGAGGACGCGCGCUGGGAAACGUACCAGCGCAUCCGCGCCAACCGGCAGCGGCGACUGAAGUUGCGCACUCGCAAGCGGCAUCACACCGUGGAGAGCAUGCUCGGGUACGACCUGGAGGAGGAACGGCGCGAGGAGCGGCCGCGCGAGCCCCGCUACGACGCCGAGGACGAGCCUGUGGACGUGGAGGGCGACUCGCUCGGCUGGCCCGAUCAGCCCAUCAACCUCGACGAAAAAGAAACACGAAACGAUGGUGAAAAGUUGCACCUAAAUUACGCUGAGGACCUUGAAAUAUCAAGCACGAACGAUGCCAUGCAGUCACCAGAACGCGUGAGGAUUGAAACUCCAAAGCCGCUGUCACUUGAGUGCGCGCCGAAGACGGAAAGCGCGGAGAGGCCGGCGGAGGUGUCCACAUCAGAGUGGGCUGCUGGGGCCCCCACCGCGCGCGACUCCUGGCCGGCCAUCGCCGCCGAGGCCUACGCGCACGCCGCGCGCCACAAGCUCGACGGAGAAAACUUACCCUCCUCUACCGACUCGCGCAAUUAAACAACUGGCCCACUCCCAUUUCGCCAUUUAUCAGAUCUUAAUAAAAGUUCAUGUGUUAUAUUGGCCAUAAGUGUACUUACCAGCUGACUAAAUAAUGCCUGUGGCCAACAUAACCAUAAUGAUAUAGGCAAACUUCUAAGAUUGUGCACCACUUCAUCAUAGGUAGGUAUGUGUACGAGUAGGUUCAUAAUAAACCAGUGAGUGUUUCAAGAUAUAGAUACUAAGGCUUCUUUUAACAAUGUCGUUCUGGUUCAGCCUAGCCUAACUUUAUCAAUAUUGUGAAAAAGUAGCCCACCUUGGGGUUAAGAAAGUUAAAACGAUAAUUUUUGAGUGUAUCUUAUGAUAGUUAUUUAUUGUUACGUCAAUG